AUUGUGGAGUUUUAGUUUGUCCGUCAAAAUAGCGCCAAAUUUCGUUCUCCAGGUUUUAUGUUAGACGAACUUACAAACCCAUACAUAGAUACUGAUGGAAAGUGAGAGGGAUGAGGAUUAUCCUAUUGGUGUACUUAUUGAAGAACUUCGUGGUGAAGACUUACACGUCCGUCUUCAUAGCAUUCGCAAAAUCUCUACUAUUGCCUUAGCUCUUGGCCCGGAAAAGACCAGAUCUCAACUAAUACCGUUUCUGACAGAAACAAUAUAUGAUGAAGAUGAAGUACUGCUCACUUUAGCAGAACAAAUCGGAACUCUAGUUCCAUAUGUAGGCGGUCCUGAGUAUGCCCACUCACUUCUUCCUCCACUUGAGAGUCUUGCAGCAGUUGAAGAAACGGUUGUACGUGACAGGGCCGUAGAGGCACUCAGGAAACUUGCACCAGACCAUACUACAGAAGCAAUGGAAAAAUAUUUCAACCCAUUGUUACAUCGCCUAGCUACUGGUGAUUGGUUCACAAGCCGAACCUCUGCAUGCGCUCUCUUUAGUGUAGUAUAUCCUAGAGUAAGGAGCUCAAAACGAUGGGAAUUACUUGAUUUUCUUAGGAGACUAGCCAAGGAUGAAACACCGAUGGUCAGAAGAGCAGUCGCUGCCCGACUGGGUGAACUAGCACUAGCCAUGUCAGCAGGUCAAUCUUCCGAGAAACCUAGUGCUGAUGGAGAAAAAUCAAGUCAGAUAUCUGAGCAUAAUUCAAGUAAUAUGACCACUUCUAUCACUGAAUCAAAAAUAUUAACAAAUGAAGUGGUUAGUUUGAACAGUGGUCAUUUUGGUUGUGGAGUUGCUGCUGAUGAACGUUUGACUAAUGAUAGCGUAGCUGAAAAAUCGUCGACUCUUGCAAAUCCUCUUCAAUCUGAUGACUUUACUCUAGAUCCUGAGAAAGAACGCAGUUAUAUUAUUACUAUAAUUGUUCCCUUAUUUGUUCGACUAGUUGAUGAUGAACAAGAGUCUGUACGCCUUAUGGCAGUCGAAUCGAUUGUUCAAUUGGCACAAGCAUUGGGACCUGAAGAAUCUGAAGGUUAUUUAAUUGAUCUCAUCCAACAAGCUACAACUGAUAGAUCUUGGCGUGUUCGAUGUGUUGUAGCCGAUAAAUUUACAGAAAUUCAGACAGCUAUGGGUUUACGAGUUUCACGUGAACGAUUGGUACCUUUCUUCAUGAAACUACUUCAUGAUGAAGAAGCUGAAGUACGAGCAUUUGCUGCUGGAAAAGUGAAAGCAUUUGCCAAAUGUCUACUAGGUUUACCAAUUGAUGCUGAUAUAAAUACUACUAAUAAAACUACUAAUUCUGAUACAAAAGAUUGUAAAAAUUCUUCUACAACAAUAACAUUAGAUAAUAAAAUGAUGGAAAUUGAUGAGAAAUUUGAUUCAGUUAAUAAUCUCAAUGAUAAUGAUAAUAAUAAUAAUGGUUUAGCAUCAAAAGAUGAAAUAAUUAUGUUACAAUUAUUACCAGCAAUUAAAAAUCUUACAAAUGAAUCAAAUACUCAUGUAAAAUCUUCAUUAGCUAAUGCUAUACUUGGUUUAGCUCCAUUAAUUGGUAAAAAUUUAACAAUUGAACAUUUAUUACCUAUAUUUCUUGCUCAAUUAAAUGAUGAUAAUCCAGAAGUUCGUUUAAAUGUAAUUUCAAAUUUAGAACAAGUUAAUUCAAUUAUUGGAAUUGAUCAUUUAACUAUUAAUUUAUUACCAGCUAUUAUACAAUUAGCUGAAGAUCCAAAAUGGCGUGUUCGUUUAGCUAUUAUUGAAUAUAUGCCAUUAUUAGCGGAACAAUUAGGUUUAGAAUUUUUUAAUAAUCAAUUAAUUGAUUUAUGUUUAUCAUGGCUUAUUGAUCAAGUUUAUGCAAUUAGAGAAGCAGCUGUUGAAAAUCUUGUAAAUUUAUGUAAAAAAUUUGGAUCAGAAUGGGCUAGUCAAUACUUUAUACCAAAAAUUAUCCAUUUGUCACGUGAUGAAAAUUAUCUUCAUCGUAUGAUUUGUUUACAAAGUAUUAUAAAUUUAUGUAAAGUUGUCAAUUCAACAAUUUGUUGUCAAUAUUUAUUACCUACUGUAUUAUCAAUGCAUACAGAUAAUGUACCUAAUGUUCGGUUUAAAGUCGCUCAAGCACUUAGCAAUUUAGGUUCACAAUUAGAAGAGAAAAAUAUUGAAAAUGAAAUUAAAUCUUGUUUAACUCGUUUAGCUGAAGAUUCUGAUACUGAUGUGAAAUUCUACGCCUAUGAAGCUAUGGAUACAUUAAAGAUAACAACAAGCAGUAAACCGUUUCAAUGUUAUUAUAUUAAAGUUAAACAGAAUAAUAAUGGUAAUGAUAAUAAUCCAGAUUAUAUUCAAACUGAACUACUGCCAUCAUCAACAACAACAGUGACGGCGACUGGACUCGACGAAGUUGAAACUGUCGAUUCAUCGUCGUCAUCAUCAUCACCAUCUGAACUAACCAACCAUUGUAAUAUUGAUGAUCAGUCUUUGUCGUCGCUUAGUAUUGUCAAUGAUUUAACUACUACUGCUAUCGAAAAUACCGUUGAGAAUAAUAAUGAUAAUAAUUCGUUACUAAAAUCACAAUCUUCUACUUUAGUCAAUAAUACAAACAGUGUUGACGAUAAUGUAAAUUGUGAUAAUUAACGACAAAAGACAAUUUCUACUAUUAUAACCCAAUCAGUUUUCUUUUUGUGUAUAUCGUAUUAUUUAUGUUAUGUGUUAAGAGAGAGAGAGAGUCAAAACAGCUGACAUUUGGUCAACAAAUAUACAAUUUAUCAAUCUACAUGCUUGUGUAUAUCUGUACGUAUCUGCCACACAAACAUACUUAUACCUGUUACUUCUCGUGGAGGAGCACAGACCUACUUACAUACACUCCCCCCCUGUAUGAUAUACACCGUAUACUGGUUAUGCGUAUUAAGUGAAGCCGUGUUGUGUAUACACGCUGUUUAUGAUGAUAAGUUCGGCUGGUUUUCUUUUCUUUUUUUGUUAAAACAAUUUUCCCCACUAAUUCCUGUAAUGAAUAAUAAUAAUAAUAAUCAUUAUUAUAAUUACCAUUCUUUUUUAAUUGUGAUGAUUACAAUUUUUGUUGCCUGCAUGACAUUAAUGAAUUUGAUAUUGGUUUGUUUAUUUUUUAAUUAUUCCAUAUUUUGUAAACUAUUAGCCAUAUAUAUAUAUAUAUAUAUAUAUAUAUAUAUAUAUAUAUAUAUGUGUGUUUACUAAUUGACAUGAAUUGAAUUCUCAAUAAUCAGUUUGUUUGUUUAUUGUUUGAUCGAUGGAGAGAGAGAGAGAGGGUGUGUGUGUGUGUGAGAAAAUGAUACAUUAUUAUUAUUACUACUGCCAUGGAAUACAAGCAUUAUUAGUUGUAUUUAAAUGAUAAAGUCAUGUAUUAUACACAAUUUGUAAUUUCUUUCUUUAUUAAGCUUUUAUCUUUUAAACUGUUUUCUUUUGUUCCUUUUCAUCCCCCCUCUCAUAACCAUCUCAUAGUUCAUUUUAUAUUAUGAAUGUAUUUAUGAAAGUGAUUAUUAGAAUCGAAUCACAUUGUUUACUAUUUACUGUUUAUAUUGGUUUGUUAACCAUUUCAUAUAACUCCAUAUUACUCUUAUAUUUGAUUAUGUGUAUGUUUACAUCAAUUUAUUACAAUAAUUACAUUUCUUUCUUUCUUUCUCUUUUUUUUGAUUGUUGUUGUUAUCUAUUUCUAAAGUGUGUGCCUUGAUACAUGAUCAAAAUGAUACAUUCUCGUUUAAAAUGAAAUGAAAUGAUGAUUAAUAAUAGUAUGUUUGUUGUAAUUAUGAAGAAAGUUAUAAUCAUU